CCGCUUUUGCUCGCUCUAGCCAACACUACUACCAUGGGUCUCCUCGAUAUUGUCAAGCCCGGCGUCCUCACCGGCGACGACGUCAUGGCCGUCUACACGUACGCCAAGAAGCACGGCUUCGCCAUCCCUGCCGUCAACUGCACGAGCUCGAGCACGAUCAACGCCGUGCUCCAGGCUGCCCGCGACAACGGCUCGCCGGUCGUGAUUCAGUUCUCGAACGGUGGUGCUGCCUUCUACGCUGGUAAGGGCAUCUCCAACAAGGGUGAGGCUGCCUCGAUCGCCGGUGCCGUCGCCGGUGCCCACCACGUCCGCCUCAUGGCCAAGCACUACGGCGUGCCGGUCAUCCUCCACUCGGACCACUGCGCCAAGAAGCUCCUUCCGUGGUUCGAUGGCAUGCUCGCCGCCGACGAAGAGUACUUUGCCAUCCACGGCGAGCCGCUCUUCUCGUCGCACAUGCUCGACUUGUCGGAGGAGCCCCUUGAAGAGAACGUCCAGAUCUCGAAGGAGUACUUCAAGCGCAUGGCCAAGAUGAACCUCGUGCUCGAAAUCGAGCUCGGCAUCACGGGCGGCGAAGAGGAUGGCGUCGACAACUCGGACGUCGACAACGCUUCGCUCUACUCGCAGCCCUCGGACAUCAUGUACGCCUACGAAGAGCUCUCGCAGGUCUCGCACCGCUUCACGAUCGCCGCUGCCUUCGGCAACGUGCACGGUGUCUACAAGCCCGGUAACGUCAAGCUCCACCCCGAGCUCCUCCAGGGCUUCCAGGAGCACGUCGCUGCCAAGCUCAACAACGGCACGGACAAGCCCGUCUACUUCGUCUUCCACGGCGGUUCGGGCUCGACGGAAGAAGAGAUCACGACGGCUGUCGGCGCCGGCGUUGUCAAGAUGAACAUUGACACGGAUACGCAGUGGGCGUACUGGAACGGUCUCCGCCAGUUCUACCUCUCGAAGGAAGGCUACCUCCAGGGCCAGAUCGGCAACCCGGAUGGCGAGGACAAGCCCAACAAGAAGUACUACGACCCGCGCGUCUGGGUCCGCAAGGCUGAGGAAGAGAUGAUUGUCCGCGUGAAGGAGGCCUACAGCAACCUCCGCAACGUCAACGUCUUGUAAACCGCUUUGCGCAAUCUAGUCGAUUUGAUUUAGUUUUUCCGACUCUCCUCGUUAGUCAGUGUGCGGCCCCUGGUGGCUUCCUCGGUG